AUGUCCCUCCCUCUUCCUUGUUGCUCGCAGAAAACGUGGUGCGUGGCGAAGCCGUCGACGGAGGAGGCGGCGCUGCAGGAGAACAUCGACUUCGCCUGCUCCCAUGUCGACUGCGGCGUCCUGAGGAGCGGAUGCGCCUGCGCCGCCCCCAACACGCGCAUCAACCACGCCUCCGUCGCCAUGAACCUCUACUACGAAGCCAUGGGCAGGAACCACUGGAACUGUCACUUCGGGAACUCCGGGCUCAUCGUCCAGACCGACCCGAGUAAGACCUCCGACAACCCUCCUCCCGACGACUUUGGAUGAUUACUUGGCUUCGUUUCUGAGAUCCGAGUAAGACCUCCGGCAACCCUUCUCUGUUGCAGGUUACGGCACCUGCGCGUACCCGUGA